ACGUUGAGGGCAACGGCCAGGGCAGUGAAGAAGCAGUAAGCGCUGGGCUCGGAGGCUUCCGUGUUUACUGUCGGACUGAGGGGGAAGGGCGGGUUGUGCCGAGCUCUGUCCGUUACGGGUGGAGAAGAGGGGAUGAGCCUUUGAGGGGCCGCGAGUCGCAGAGACUGAGGGGAGAAGGAGACCGGCCGCAGGCAGGCAGAGAGGCGCGGAGCGAUGUCUCAGCCGCCUCAGCAACAUCCGCCUCAACAGGAGCAGCAGCCGGUAGCGGCGCCGGUGUCGAAGAAAAGGGACCGGCGGAUCUUCUCGGGCACUUGCCCGGAUCCUAAGUGCCAGGCGCGCCUGUUCUUCCCUGCGCAUGGGCCCCUGAGCAGCGGGAGCAUCGAGUGCACGGACUGCGGGCAGCGCUAUGAGCAGCGGCAACUGCUGGGGGUGGAGGAGGUGACGGACCCGGACUUGGUGCUGCACAACCUGCUUCGAAACGCGCUGUUGGGGGUGAGCGGGGCGGGGCCUCCCCGGAAGAAUACGGAGGUGAUCAAAGUUAUGGGCCUCUCCAACUAUCACUGCAAGCUGCUGUCUCCUAUUCUGGCCCGGUAUGGCAUGGACAGGCAGACGGGCAAGGCCAAACUGCUGACGGAGAUGAACCAAGGAGACGUCUUUGACUGUUCUCUUCUUGGCGAUCGUGCCUUCCUGAUCGAGCCUGAACAUGUGGAGACGGUGGGCUAUGGCAAAGAUCGCUCUGGCAGCCUUCUCUACUUGCACGAUACCCUUGAAGAUAUAAAGAAGGCCAACAACAGCCAGGAAUGCCUCAUCCCAGUCCAUGUGGAUGGAGAUGGUCAUUGCUUGGUCCAUGCUAUCUCCCGUGCAUUAGUGGGCAGAGAACUGUUCUGGCAUGCAUUACGGGAGAAUCUCAAAAAGCACUUCAUAGAGAACCUUGCCCGCUACAAAGCUCUUUUUCACGACUUCAUCGAUGCUGUGGAGUGGGAAGACAUCAUCAAUGAGUGUGACCCUAGUUUCAUUCCCCCAGAAGGUGUACCAAUGGGCCUUAGAAACAUCCACAUCUUUGGUCUAGCCAAUGUGCUACAUCGGCCUAUCAUUCUCUUGGAUUCCCUAAGUGGAAUGCGUAGUUCAGGAGACUACUCAGCAACGUUCCUUCCUGGAUUGAUACCUGAAGAAAAAUGCAUGGGGAAAGAUGGCAUGUUAAACAAACCCAUCUGCAUUGCCUGGAGUAGUUCUGGACGUAACCAUUAUAUUCCACUCGUUGGAAUAAAAGGUGCUACUUUGCCUAAAUUGCCUAUGAAAUUACUCCCUAAAGCUUGGGGGGUACCUCAGGAUCUUAUAAAAAAGUAUGUAAAAUUGGAAGAAGAUGGUGGUUGUGUAAUAGGAGGAGACAGAAGUUUGCAAGACAAAUACUUGAUGAGACUAGUUGCUGCCAUGGAGGAGGUCUUUAUGGAUAAGCAUGGUAUUCAUCCAAGUUUAGUAGCUGAUGUGCAUCAAUAUUUCUACAGACGGACUGGUGUAAUUGGAGUUCAACCUGAAGAUGUCACAGCAGCUGCUAAAAAGGCCGUGCUAGACAACCGCCUUCACAAGUGUCUAAUUUGUGGUGCCCUUUCAGAAAUUCAUGUUCCUCCAGAGUGGCUGGCUCCAGGAGGGAAGCUCUAUAAUCUGGCAAAAAGUACUCAUGGGCAGCUAAGGCCUGAUAAAAAUUAUAGCUUUCCCCUCAACAGUUUGGUGUGCUCGUAUAAUCCUGUGAAGGAUGUGCUUGUACCAGACUACAAUUUGAGUAGCUUGAAUGCUUGUAAUUGGUGCCAUGGAACCUUAGUACGUCGUGUCAGAAGUGAUGGCUCUGUUGUUUAUUUAGAUGGGGACAGAACUAAUACUAGAUCUGUAGGUGGCAAAUGUGGUUGUGGAUUCAAGCAUUAUUGGGAAGGGAAAGAAUAUGACAAUCUUCCUGAAGCUUUUCCUAUUACUUUAGAAUGGGGUGGGAGAGUGGUAAGAGAGUCUGUAUACUGGUUCCAGUAUGAAAGUGACCUGUCUCUGAACAGCAAUGUGUAUGAUGUUGCAAUGAAACUUGUUACCAAGCAUUUUCCUGGAGAAUUUGGUAGUGAGAUUCUUGUUCAGAAAGUUGUCAAUACAAUACUUCAUCAAACAGCCAAAAAGAACCCUGAUGAUUAUACACCUGUAAAUAUUGAUGGUGCUCAUGCCCGAAGAGUUGAUGAUGUUCAGCAUGGACAAGACAUGGAAUCUCAGCUUCCAACCAAAAUUAUACUUACUGGACAAAAAACAAAAACAUUGCACAAAGAGGAACUGAAUAUGAGUAAGACUGAAAGAACUAUUCAGCAAAACAUUGCAGAACAGGCUCCUGUAAUGCAGAAACGAAAAACUGAUCAAUUAAAACAGGCACAGAAAGGGCCAGCUAGAACUGCUUCCCCUGGUGUUGUUCCCGAUGGGCCAUCAUCGGCACCUGCUACACCAACAAAGACUCCUUAUUCCCCAACAUCUACAAAAGAAAAGAAAAUACGUAUAACAACAAACGAUGGGCGGCAGGCAAUGCUUACACUGAAGUCCACUACCACGUUUUUAGAGUUACAAGAAAGCAUAGCUAGAGAAUUUAAUAUUCCUCCUCAUUUGCAAUGCAUUCGCUUUGGUUUUCCUCCCAAAGAACUUCUCCCACCCAAGGAAGGACAGGAAAACGAACCUGUUCCUUUGUUGCAUGGUGACAGAAUAACCAUAGAGAUCCUUAAAGCAAAGGAGGAUAAUAGCCAGUCUACUUUGGUGCACUCGUCCCAUGCUGUGAAACAUGAAGAUGCUGCAGUUACUAGUAAAAUCUCUUCCAAGGAACUCCAAGAGCAAAUUGAUAAGGAAAUGUACUCUCUGUGUCUUCUAGCAACAUUUAUGGGAGAAGAUGUUUGGUCUUAUGCAAAGGGGCUUCCUCACUUGUUCCAGCAGGGUGGUGUGUUCUACAAUAUAAUGAAGAAAACAAUGGGCCUGGUUGAUGGUAAGCACUGUACUUUUCCACACUUGCCUGGUAAGACUUUUGUGUACAAUGCUGGAGAAGACAGAUUGGAACUUUGUGUGGAUGCUGCUGGGCACUUCCCCGUGGGUACUGAUGUGGAAGACUUGGUUAAAGAAGCCUUGAAUCAAGUCCGAGCAGAGGCUUCUUCAAGAAGCAGGGAAGCAAGUCCUUCGCAUGGGCUUCUAAAACUUGGUAGUGGUGGAGUAGUUAAAAAGAAGUCAGAGCAACUUCACAAUGUAACUGCAUUUCAGGGCAAAGGCCAUUCUCUGGGAACUGCAGCUGGAAGUCAACACCUUCAUCAAAGAGUGGCAAGGGAAACUCCACUUACAAGGAAACAGAGUACAGGCACAGACUUCAGUCCCAGCUCUGCUAAGUCUGAGCCUUCUGUUAACAGUGAGCUUAUACGGAUAGCUCCUGGAGUAGGAACAAUGAGGGACAGCAGGCAGCUUGACCCUAAUUUGAUAGAGGCACAGCGAAAAAAGUUGCAGGAAAUGGUCUCUUCCAUUCAGGCUUCAAUGGACCGGCACUUGCGGGAUCAGAACACAGAGCAAUCAUCAUCACAUGAUUUCUCACAAAGGAAAUUGGAAGGGGCAGGUUCUUCUGCUAAAACUAGAAGCCCUCAGACUAGUUUGUCUGAAUCAUUUUCAAGUGGGAGUGGACAGCUGAAGGCAGAAAUAGAUAGUAACAUGUCAAAUGCAGUGGAAGGAACAUUUCCUACAAGAUCAAAAGCUCAAAAGGGAAACUCUGUUGAAGAGCCUGAAGAAAUGGAAAGUCAAGAUGCAGAAAUCACUAGUACAACUGAGCCAAUGGAUCAUUCAUGAAUAGUUAAAAGCUGAUAAAGAAAAAAGAGAUUAAUGUGCAAAUGUAACAUUUAUUGGCAGGGCCACAUAAAACUAGUUCAUUGAAUCUUGUAUGUUUCAAAGAUUAUAUCUUAUUCACUGCAUGAUAGCAAAUGUGUGAUAGAGACUAGCUUUUAAUAUACCAUUCUGCUGCCCAAGUUAGCUCUCAGUUACCUGUAAAUUAGUUGUUAGGAUAUGCACUGAGAUGAAUUUCUGCUGUAGAUGUGGGUUAUAAUUUUUUUGUAAUUUUUAUUUCCAUUAAAGUCUUAAUGUUGCAGCCCAUCUGAGAUCCUUAUUAGGUUUUUAAGAUUGAUAUGUGAAAUAAACCCUGACAAAUGUACCGUGUGUUGUCAGACAUCGAUCCAUUCAGAAUUACAGCAUAAAAGAACAUUCCCCUAGACCUGCUUUGAAUGUUUUGGAUUUAUUUUCAUUUGUCAGAUUUCUUGAAAUAUAUAAGGAUAUUGAUUUGAGAUCUCUUUAAAGGUCUGCAUUUACAGAAUGAUAGGGGAAAGGGUAAUAUAGCAUAACAUGAAGCCAACAGUCAGUGAUGUUAAUGCAUGGCAGUCUGAGCCAGCAUAGCUUUUUCAUUGCCCUGUUGGCAAGUGAUUGCAUGUUAGUUUUGAGUUGGUUAGCUACCAUGGCAUGCUUUCACAUUGCAAAGACAGUCAUUUGUAAGCAAGUAUUUGAAGUAGUUGCAGCAGGCCAGUGGAUUGAUUGAGUGCAGGAAGAUUUUGGUAUGUAUCCAUUCUCUUGUUGGGAGUGGGGUGGGGCUAUUAAGAUUUUCUGAGCAUGUUGGAUUAAUGAAAUUUAGCAGAAAGAAAUUUCAUCAGAAGUUUUUCAGUGGUAUAGUAAAAGCUGCUUUUUAGUUUCCCAGGAAUGGAAAAUAUUUAGUUUGGGGGUUUUUUUGGGUUUUUUUUUGGUGAUGCAGUCUUUCUGUGCCACUUGGAUUAAACUGUCAUCCACUUAAACAGCAUAUUCAUCAGAUCUACAGUGCUAAAUUUUAAGAAGCAACCAUUGUUUGCUCCAUUAAGAUGGAAUAUUUAUCCUAAUACUGAUAUUGCACUUUUGCCUCUUUACAUAUUUCUGUUUUAUGUGCGUUAUUACUGCUUCAUAUGAGGAAAAUAAACUUGAAAGGAUAAAAGACUUGCAAUACAGAAAACAGAAUUGUCAAGUGCUUAAUUACUGACACCAGUUGUUGAGUGCCCACAGAUGUUAAGUUUGCAUUAUAAAUGUGUGCAUUCUGAAAAUAUGGUCACUCUUCCUGCAUUUAUAAUCGCACAAGAAAAUUCUAAACAAUACUGUUAUUAAAUAUCCCAAGUCAGAGAAGGUCUAUUUUUAUACAAGAAAUUAACUGAAGUUGUAACUUCCUCUGGUCUAUGAAAAAUAGAUGAAUUCAAACACCAUUUUUUCUUUUCUCGUGUAGGGAAUACAUAUUUUAUUAUUCAGUACACUCCUAUAUACAAGCAUACAAGUCACAUCUUCACAAAUAAACAAGUUGAAUAUAUUUUUUCUAAGUUUUGUGUUGCUUACUCUUGUCAAGAAACACAUGGGACUACAGUUGAUCUGUGGCUUGUUGAGGAUCCGUAUAUUCCAUAACUUUAGGUGUUUGGCUAUGACCCAGAAGACCAUUUAUGUGUGAAUGAGAGCAGGUGAAGUAGAGCUCUGUUCUGACGUCCCAGCUGCCCGUGACCAGAUGUCAAAGGUAGCUUGUGAUAUGUUGUAAGAAGCCUGUCAUUCCAAGAAAGAAUGUAACCUUAUUGUUUUUGACAAUAGGGCCUGCUACACUAGAGAGAUCUAAAUUUGUUCUGAAUCUGGAUUAACAGCUAUAAUUUCCAUUAAAAAUAUUUUUGGAAGUUACAGUAUUACAGUGAGGAAGUUCUUCAGGACUCUAGCCCAUAGGUGUCAAACUCGCAGCCCUCCAGAUGUUAUGGACUACAUGCUGGCAGGGGAUGAUGGGAACUGUAGUCCAUAACAUCUGGAGGGCCACGAGUUUGGCACCUGUGCUCUAGCCCUUCACAGAACUGCAGUUUCAAAAUUUCUUUGAGUGAGAAUCAUCGCAUUUAGCAGGUCUAAACCUGACUUGAAUUUACAGUGUUGAUAAGCAGCCUGAUGGUUUGACUUUAGUCUUAUAAGUACACGAAACAGAGAAGAAUAUUGGUAACGCUGCUUUCUCAAAAUUCACAUGUAAGUAAGUCAAAGCUUAUGACUCGUAAAAAGCCUUUCCACUUGCAGCAUAGUUUAUGGUAUUAAUUUAGAAUCAUCUUUCUCUUACUGAGAAAAUAAAGCUCAAGGUAUUGUUCUGUAAUCUCUUUUGUGUGGAAUGAAAAUCAGUUUGUGCAAUGAAACAUUGGAAUGCUAGGAGUCAUGAGGCUGUGUAGAAAAUCCUAUGUCUGAACGAAAGGGGCGGUAGAUGCAGUUGAACUUAGUUUUGCAGUUGUUCACCAGUUAUCUCAGUCAAAAUUGAAUUAAGUACUAUGAAAGUUCCAUUGAAUUCAGUAGCAAUUGCAACCAAUAGUUGCAAAAGUGCACUAAGUGAGUUUAAGUACGUUGUAAGGAUAGCCAAGGAAUUGCCUCUUUAAUAAUGGACAGGCAAAUAUAAAAUGAAUUUAUGGGGAACUUCUAGUCUGGAGAGGAAAUGUUAAAGACCUGUAGGAUGAACUUACUUUAGAAAUUACCAGGUUCCUUAUGUAUGAUUCGCAUCAGGUUUUUGAUGUGUAUUUGAUUUCCAGUUUGUCAGUUAAACAGUGGUUUUAUCAAAUCAAAGAUUGCUAUCUUCUACUUUGUCUUCAAGGUUGAGCGUACUUUGUUCAACAGCCAAGCAGUUCUGGAUACUCAGUGUGAAUGGAAAAUAGGUCUAUAGCCCAGCAGCAUUUACUACUUUGGUUUGCUUAAGAGGGAUUAGACCCUGUACAAUCACAGAAAUGUAAAAAAAAAUUAAAAAUGAAGUGCAUAUUGAAAACUGCUGGAAUUAAAACAUACUUCUAGUUUUACAUUCAAAUGUGAAUUUAAGUGUUUUAGGUAUAUGUGUUCUUUAAUAUACUACUGUUUUAUAUUUUUAUGGAAACUUCACAUUUGGUUUUCAUUACAGUGUUAAAAGUAACACUUCUGUUACACAGCUGCAAAAAUGGCUUGCUCAUGUAAUUUUUUAAAAAUGUUUUCUUGUAGCCUAUGGAAUAGCCAGAUUCCAGGCUUUUCUGAAAUAUUAUUUUCAUCUCUCGCCACCCAGUAGAUACAUUAUUUCUGUUUUGCUUUAAAGAUUCUAUAUAUCUAAUUGAAAAUAGCCUGUUACCAAAAGCAUUUAGGAAUUGCCAUGUCCAGGUAUGGUUCCUGUUCUCUUAUUUAGUAAAACAUGAAGCUGUCACUGUACUUAACAAUUGAGGGGGUAUAUUUUCAAGACCAACAUUGCUGUGUUUGUUCAAAGGGAUAAAUUGUGAUAUGACUAUGCAGUGGAUAUUGAAAUGAUACUUUUUCAGACCAGCUGAAAAAGAAGCAUAGGUUUUAUACAAACCCAAUAUUGGAUGGUGUGAAUCAUCCGUAAAUCCCAGUGAGAUUCAGAUAUGUGUGUUUAGGAUCCUAGUUAGUUACUUUUUCUCUGGAUUAUUUUGAAAUGAGGAACAUUACAAUUCAGAAUGUUGUCUCCUUCGUUUGGGGACUGGCAUUAUAAUUAAUCAAAAUGUGUGAAUAUCACAAAAUCUUUACAUUUACGGUGUUGCAUUUAAAAUUCUCUAAUGCAGAAUUCCCACUUAGUACCUAUGAUUAUAGUAAAGUUGUAAAACUGAACUGUGAUUGGUAAUUUUAGAUUUUUAUUUUAAUGAGGAUUAUUGCCAGGAAGAGAAAUAGUGCACUUUUGGAAGUAAUUAAUUUUUAAAAAUGUAUAAAUAAGCAUUAGAACUGUAUAUAUUUAGGAACUCUUUGAAAACAGCAAGUGCUUUACAUAUUGAAUUAAAUUAGAAUAGCAAUGAUACCAUGUUCACAAUGCUGGCUGUUCAGCACAUUUGGAUUUUAUUUGUGAUUUGCUGUACUAAUUUGUUUUUUAUCUGUAAUGUAACAAUAGUGUAUUAUAAUAGUGUAUUAUAUUACACUUCACUGUACAGUAUUUGGAAUUUCCUUUGAUUGCUAUAUUAAAAAUAUGAGCUAAA